AUGUUUAAUUGUAUCAUAUGUACAUAAACAACGAAUUUUAAAACAAAAUGUCGUUGUCACUUUUGUUUGCUUUGCUUACUCAAUUGGUUUGAGGAGAAAAAUAAAUCUAAACAAAUAGAUAUAAUUAACUGCCCUAACCAAGAUUGUAGUGAUACUUAUAAUAGAAACGAAAUCUUGAGUUAUUGUCAUAAUCAACCAUACGAGAGGAUUUUUCAAGAAAUCUUAUUCAAAUAAUAUCUAAAGAAUGAUGAUAUUCGUCCAUGCCCAAGUGGAUAGUGCAAAUCUUAUGGGUUCAUAGAAUUAGAUAAAGUAUGCGAUGAAGAACUUGAGUGUUUAGAAUGCGGAUUCAAAUGGAGGGACUUUAAUAAAGCACCAUUCACUUUUAAGCAAGAAUACAUAAUAAAAAAUAUUUUUGGUAUCCUUAGGCAAUUUGGGUAUUGCCUAGUAACAGCUAAUUAGUGCCCUAUUUGUGGAAUUUUGAUAUAGCGUACUGGAGGUUGUAGACAUAUGACAUGUAAGGCUUGUUCUAAUCAAUUUUGCUGGAACUGUAAGUAGGAAUGGAAAAAGCACUAAGAAUCCUAGUGCUCAUGUUAAUACUUAAUUACCUCAGGAUUAUAUCUUACCCUUAUAAUAAAUAUUUUCUAUCAACUUGGGAUAUUAAAUUAUUUGCUCUACGUUUUCAAUCUCUUGUUUUGGAUGUUUGAAAUUUUGAUUAUACAAGUCAUAAUAAUUGGAACUGUAGCAGGAAUAAUUUUCUUCUUUAAAUCAAUAUUUGACCUGAAAAGUAGAAAAAGACCUAUAAGAAGUGUUCUUAAAGAGUUGGGAGGAUCAACUAUAUUAUUGAUGAUUGAGUAUUUGGUCAUAUGGUUUUCAACUGUAUUUUUUUAAAUAACACUACACAAAGCCUUCAUAGGUUUUUUAUUAGAAUUCUUAGUUUGUAUUUACAUGAUCGGUUUCAAUGCAAAAGUAAAAUUAGGUUAUAAAUGUAUUUUUUCAAUCAUAAUGGGCUUAUGUUUGGUUGGUGUUUUUGGAUUAAAUGGACUGGCAAUAUUAAUUUGGUUACUUCAAUAUAUAAUUCCAGUCGAAUAUAUUCAUACUUAAAUUAAUUUUAAUGCAAUUGCUCUUGGUGUGCUGAUAUUAUUAAACAUUUCCAAUUUGCUAGAAUUAUUGUGUUCCAAGUUGGCAUAUUUAUUAUUGGGAUCAACAAUACUUAAUUACAAAAAGGGUAACAAAGACAAUUACUUUGCAUUAUUAAGCAUUUUAGCAAUUUCUUAUGUGUAUGAUAUAUUGUGA